CCAUGGGGACGGGGCUGUUCCCGGGGAGGCUGUGAUGGGUUGACAGGUGCGUGACAGUGGGAGCUGCUCUCGGCACAAGCAUGUACGGCAAAGGCAAGAGUAACAGCAGCGCCGUCCCGUCCGACAGCCAGGCCCGGGAGAAGUUAGCACUCUACGUAUAUGAAUAUCUGCUCCAUGUAGGAGCUCAGAAAUCGGCCCAGACAUUUUUAUCAGAGAUAAGAUGGGAAAAAAACAUCACAUUGGGGGAACCACCAGGAUUCUUACAUUCUUGGUGGUGUGUAUUUUGGGAUCUCUACUGUGCAGCUCCAGAAAGACGGGAAACAUGUGAACAUUCAAGUGAAGCAAAAGCCUUCCAUGAUUAUAGUGCUGCAGCAGCUCCCAGUCCAGUGCUAGGAAACAUUCCCCCAGGAGAUGGCAUGCCAGUAGGUCCUGUACCACCAGGGUUCUUUCAGCCUUUUAUGUCACCUCGGUACCCUGGAGGUCCAAGGCCCCCACUGAGGAUACCUAACCAGGCUCUUGGAGGUGUCCCAGGAAGUCAGCCAUUACUUCCCAGUGGAAUGGACCCAACUCGACAACAAGGACAUCCAAAUAUGGGUGGGCCAAUGCAGAGAAUGACGCCUCCAAGAGGAAUGGUGCCCUUAGGACCACAGUCUGACCCUUGGUUAUCAUUACAGAACUAUGGAGGUGCAAUGAGACCCCCACUGAAUGCUUUAGGUGGCCCUGGAAUGCCUGGAAUGAACAUGGGGCCUGGUGGUGGUAGACCUUGGCCAAACCCAACAAAUGCCAACUCAAUACCAUACUCCUCAGCAUCUCCUGGGAAUUAUGUAGGUCCUCCAGGAGGUGGAGGGCCACCAGGAACACCCAUCAUGCCUAGUCCAGCAGACUCAACCAACUCUGGAGACAACAUGUAUACUUUAAUGAAUGCAGUACCUCCUGGACCUAACAGGCCUAAUUUUCCAAUGGGCCCUGGGUCAGAUGGUCCCAUGGGUGCAUUAGGAGGAAUGGAGUCACAUCACAUGAAUGGCUCUUUAGGCUCAGGAGAUAUGGACAGUAUUUCCAAGAAUUCUCCCAAUAAUAUGAGCCUGAGUAAUCAGCCGGGCACUCCUAGGGAUGAUGGCGAAAUGGGGGGAAAUUUCUUAAAUCCUUUUCAGAGUGAGAGUUACUCCCCUAGCAUGACAAUGAGUGUGUGAUCCAUUACCAAGUCUCCUCAUGGAAACCACAGUGAGUCAGCCCUUCACAGAACUACUACGGAAGAAAAUUAUUCAUCACGUGUACAGUUAAACAAAGGAAUCUCAGUCACACCAAACCAACCUUUUUAUUUCCUGCUCUCUCCCCUAUUUUGUGAAGAAAGCGGGUCCAAACGUGAUUCGAACAACUGUACAGAGCGGCAUAUUAGAAUUGCCCUCAACGGAACUGCAAAUGAUUAUCUGUGUAUGUAUAUGUGUGGGAAAGAGAAUGUAUUGUAUGUGUGUAUGUUAUAUGGACACAUGCACAUACAUACAUUGACCCACAGGACAUUGUAAAAUACUAUCACAUGACAUCUUAAGUAGAAAUAAGUAGGGACUUUUAUUCCAUCCUUUUUUUCACGUUUACAUUUUAAUUAUUAAAAGUUGCUCCUGCCCCUCCCUGAUCUAUUUUGUGCUGUGUAUAUCACUGCUUUAUAUAAGUUAUUUUUUAAGGUGAACUCAGAUGUUAUGGUUUUGUAAAUGUCUGCAAUCAUGGAUAGGAAUAAAAUCGCUUAUUUGAGAGCUUUCAUUAAA